AUGGCAGCAAUAACUCAAAACAUUACAACACCAGCACCAGUAACAAGUGUUGCAUCAUUGACAGAAACCUACUCUCUAAUUAGGAUUGGUAGCGAUCCCAAGUCUGAUCUUGUUAUUUCGAAUUCAAAUCCUGCUGAACCGGUUAUUGCAAAGACACACUGCUGGUUGGAACUACGACGUCUAAACAACAAAAAUCGAACAGUCUUUCAUAAUGGUCCUAAUAAAAGAACCUACGUAGAAGGCAAAUUGAUGGAGCCUCACCAGCAAUAUUUGUUGAAGGACGGAGACAGGAUUUUAGUGAAAUGUAAAGAUGGCUAUAUUGGCAAGUAUUAUGAUGAUUGUGAUAACAAGAUUGAAACGAUGUUGCUGAUAAAAAAAAAAAAUAUACUAUUUACAAAUAAAUUGAUUAAUUCUAAGAAUCCAAUUUUAAAACAAGAGGAAUUGAAGAAUUAUAAAGAUGAACUGAAAUUGAUCAAGAGUGUUGAUUGUGGGAGAGUAUUAAGUCUUGCAGAUCAACAUUUUGACGAUGAUAGCGUUGUUCAAGUUCAUUUUCAAAAAAGGGCUAUUCAAUAUAAUAUACGCCCAUUACAAUGUAUAGUUUAUGAAGAUAAUUCAGUAGUAAAAGAUUUAUCUGAAGCGGCGAGUUGA